AUGGGCAACAGAAAUGGAGAAGCAUUCUCUCAUGAAAAGUUUGGAACCAUGUGUUAUUGUCUUGGUGAAUAUGACAAAGCUAAAGAAAAUCUUGACAAAGCACAUGCGAUCAGAGUAGAAAUUGGUGACAGAACAGGAGAAGCAGCAGAUUACGGAAACUGGUUAGGAGUUGUGCUUGAAUCUCUUCGUGAAUAUGGCAAAGCAAAAGAAUAUCUCAAGAACGCACUUGCCAUCAGGAUAAAAAUUGGUGACAGAGCAGGACAAGCAGCAGAUCACGGAAACUUAGGAACUGUGUUUCAAUCCCUUGGUGAAUAUGAAAAAGCUAAAGAAUAUCUUGAAAAAGCACUUGCCAUCAGGGUAAAAACUGGUGACAGAACAGGUCAAGCAGCAAAUUACGGAAACUCAGGAACUUUGUCUCAAUCUCUUGCUAAGGAAUAUCUUGGGAGAGAAAUCGCCAUUAGGAUAGAAAUUGGUGACAGAGAAGGAGAAGCAGCAGCAGCAGAUUACUCUCUUGGUCAGUAUGACAAAUCAAAUGAUUAUUUUAAGAAAGCACUUGCCAUGAGGAGAGAAACUGAUGACAGAGCAGGAGAAGCAGCAGCUUACGGAAACUUAGAAACUGUGUUUCAGUCUCUUGGUGAAUAUGACAUAGCAAAAGACUAUUUUGAGAAGCACCUUCAAUUAGCCGAGAUAUUGGAGACCUUGACAAAGAGAUUCGAUGUCCUUCCAAUCUUGGUGAAGCUAUCCCAAGGGAAGGUCCAAGAGGGCUAUGACUAUCUACUCUUGAGGUUUAGAGACGAGAAAGCUAUGAACAACAUAGAAGACAUUUUACAAGUAAUCCGUGUUGGCUUGGUUGUUGCAACUUUCCCUCUCAACACUGGUCGUGGUCUCAAAGCCAUUAAGCAAUUCAAAUACGCACAAGCAAGAGAACUUUACAAGAUCGCCACGAAAAUCAUGAGAGAAAUGGGCAACAGAAAUGGAGAAGCAUUCUCUCAUGAAAAGUUUGGAACCAUGUGUUAUUGUCUUGGUGAAUAUGACAAAGCUAAAGAAAAUCUUGACAAAGCACAUGCGAUCAGAGUAGAAAUUGGUGACAGAACAGGAGAAGCAGCAGAUUACGGAAACUGGUUAGGAGUUGUGCUUGAAUCUCUUCGUGAAUAUGGCAAAGCAAAAGAAUAUCUCAAGAACGCACUUGCCAUCAGGAUAAAAAUUGGUGACAGAGCAGGACAAGCAGCAGAUCACGGAAACUUAGGAACUGUGUUUCAAUCCCUUGGUGAAUAUGAAAAAGCUAAAGAAUAUCUUGAAAAAGCACUUGCCAUCAGGGUAAAAACUGGUGACAGAACAGGUCAAGCAGCAAAUUACGGAAACUCAGGAACUUUGUCUCAAUCUCUUGCUAAGGAAUAUCUUGGGAGAGAAAUCGCCAUUAGGAUAGAAAUUGGUGACAGAGAAGGAGAAGCAGCAGCAGCAGAUUACUCUCUUGGUCAGUAUGACAAAUCAAAUGAUUAUUUUAAGAAAGCACUUGCCAUGAGGAGAGAAACUGAUGACAGAGCAGGAGAAGCAGCAGCUUACGGAAACUUAGAAACUGUGUUUCAGUCUCUUGGUGAAUAUGACAUAGCAAAAGACUAUUUUGAGAAGCACCUUCAAUUAGCCGAGAUAUUGGAGACCUUGACAAAGAGAUUCGAUGUCCUUCCAAUCUUGGUGAAGCUAUCCCAAGGGAAGGUCCAAGAGGGCUAUGACUAUCUACUCUUGAGUAAGGACAAAAGCGAAAGUUUGCGCGGUUUUCUAAAAGACAACGAUCACUUUAAGGUAUCGUUUUCAGACGUUCACGACUUUCCCACCGGAAUCUUAGUUUAA